UUCCCGGCCACACGAGGGCGCGCUCCUGCUGCUGGAGGAGGAUCGCAGGUCGGAGGAGACAGCCGUGGUUCAUCAUCACAGCGAACCGGACCGAACCUGUGUCGGGACCCGUUUCUCCGCACUGAAGUGCCUUUCGUUCGGAAGAGAUGGGACACGGAGACCUGAUGAGCCGGGCGGAGGACGUCGCCGACCAGUUCCUGCGGGUCACCAAACACUACCUGCCCCAUGCGGCCCGGCUCUGUUUGGUCAGCACCUUCCUGGAGGACGCGGUCCGGAUGUGGUUCCAGUGGUCGGAUCAGAGCGAGUACAUGGAGUCCACCUGGAGCUGCGGACAUGUCCUCGCCAACGUCUUCGUCCUGGUCAACCUGCUGGGACAGCUGGGCGGCUGUGUGUUGGUCCUCAGCAGGAACUGUGUCCAGCCCGCCUGCUGUGCUCUGUUCGGGAUCCUCUCUCUGCAGAUGGUGGCCUACAGCCUCCUGUGGGAUCUCAAGUUCCUUAUGAGGAACCUGGCUCUGGGCGGCGGCCUGCUCCUCCUCCUCGCUGAGUGCCGACAGGAAGCUCGCAGCGUGUUCGCCGGCGUUCCGUCCGUCUCUCAGCGUCAGUCUCCAAAACAUCUGCUGCAGCUGGGAGGAAGAGUUCUCCUCAUCCUCAUGUUCAUGACGCUGCUGCACCUGGAGCUGAGCGCGCUCAGUGUUCUGAUGGACCUGGUGGGCACGGCGCUGGUUCUGCUGGUGGCGGUGGGCUUUAAGACGAAGCUGGCGGCGCUGACGCUGGUCGCCUGGCUGCUCUGCAUCAACGUCACCUUCAACGCCUUCUGGAACGUCCCCGCCCACUCGCCCCUCCACGACUUCCUGAAGUACGACUUCUUCCAGACCACCUCGGUGAUCGGGGGGCUGCUGCUGGUGGUGGCCCUGGGCCCCGGGGGGGUCUCCUUGGACGAGAAGAAGAAGGAGUGGUGAGGAAGAGGAGGAGGAGGAGGAGGAGUAAUGGCUGCCUGGUUUUAUGUUUCAAACACAAAGUUUAAUGUUUCUGUUCCGUCUGAGCUGCAGCCAUCAUUAUUUAAUAAUCAGGACUUUUAUUUUGAAACAAUCAGUUUUAGUUAGGUACGGUGGCUCUGAAAGGCCAAAAAUCAUCCAACUGUAGCAAAAAUAAUAAUAAUUUAAAUCUAAAGCAUCAACGGUUGACAUGAGCUGAAUUCAUGUUUUUAUUAUUCAUCAUCAUCGAUUUUUAAUUGGUCAUUAAGCUCCAUAGGCUCCGCCCUCCAGCCUCUGCAGGAGGCGGAGCUUAUUCUGAAACAGACUCUGAUCCAGAACUAGAUCCUCUUUGAUGGAAGAUAAACUCCUCCUCUUUGCUAAUGAUGGUUGCAGCUGUGAGCUAAAGAUUGUUCAACAUACCUGCAGGUUAGCACAGUGUACGGCAGGCCAUUUUAACAUUUAAUCAGAGUGCUUUAAAUAAAUGUAAAAUGGCCUGCCAUACGAUGGAAACCCGUGCCAGUUGAGUUUGUUGUGUAGAAAGUGCCCGUAAUGACUGUUUGUGACCAGCAGGUGGCGCUGUGUCCCUUCAUUUAAUUCAGUGUUUCUACAGUGAAAUCAUUUUGUAUCAAAGUGUUUCUGUUGAUGUUUAAUAAAUUGUUCAGCAUUAAGAAA